AUGUAACAGCAAGCUCCAUUAUAAAUAGGACAUUAUUUAUUAGGGAAGACUCUAGGUGUAGGUUCAUUUGGGAAAGUGAAGUGUAUGUGAUAUAUAUUAAGUGUAAUAGUGGCCAGGCACAAUAUCACAAAUACUUAAGUGGCAAUCAAAAUCAUAAAUAAGAAAAGGAUGAAGAACUCGAAAUUGGAAGACAAGAUUAGUAGAGAGAUACGGUAUAUGAGACACUUCAAUCAUCCAAAUGUGAUCAAACUAUACGAAGUGCUUGAUACUGCUGGAGACAUCUUUGUAGUAAUGGAAUAUGCAGAAAAAGGGGAACUCUUUGAUCUGAUUGCCUAAAGAGGUAAAUUGCCAGAGGCAGAGGCUCGCCAUUUCUUUUUAUAAAUAUUAAGUGGAGUUGAUUAUUGUCAUCAUAAUCUUAUUGCUCAUAGAGAUCUUAAACCUGAAAAUAUUCUGAUAUCACACAAUAACACUUUGAAGAUAGGAGAUUUUGGACUCAGCAAUAAAAUGAAUGAUGGCAAGUAUCUAAAGACACCUUGUGGGUCUCCCAAUUAUGCAGCUCCGGAAGUUAUUUCAGGUAGAUCUUACUGCGGGUCAGAAGCAGACGUUUGGAGUUGUGGAGUUAUCCUCUUUGCUUUACUAGCAGGAUACCUACCAUUCGAUGAAGAAACCACGUAAGCCUUAUAUAUCAAGAUUAAGACUGCUGAUUACACAAUCCCUAGUAGUUUCAGUCCCUAAGUGCGAGAUUUGAUUAACAGGAUGUUAACUCCAGAUCCUUUAAAGAGAAUUAAAUUCCAUGAGAUCUAUUUGCAUCCAUAUUUGAGGAGCAAUCAGAUCCCAUUUUACUUAUAAAUCCCAAUUAAAUUGGAUGAUAGCAGUAGACAAAUCAAUGAUGAAGUCUUCAAGAGAUUAAUGGAAUUGCCUUCUGUCAAUGUCAAAGGGAUUUCCCAUGGCUAUAUCUAAAAGAGCAUACGCAAGAGAAAAGAUAAAUCAAUAGUUGUGAUGUACGAUCUACUGUUAGGAUAGAUGGGAAUUGAAUCUUCAACCCCAAUGAAUAUACAUAACCUUACAAAAAAGGAUUUGAUAUUCAAUCCUCACAUCCCAUAAUUGGAUGGGUCAUCAUUCGACAACGUUCUACUCACAGACAUCCAAAAACCUGCUCCAUAUGAUUAUGGGAAGAAUCUGCCUAAGGAUAUCAUGGCUGUUGUUUAUCCCUAUCAAGCUAGAUAAAUCGUAACUGCAAUUUAUGCUUGCUUAGAGAAGCUUAACACUAUCAUCGAGAUCAAGAGUCCUUAUUACAAAUUUAAGUGUUAUCAUCGGAACUUGAUUAAAAUGACCAAAUACAAUUCUAAUGCUGAGUUGUUCAAUUAAUUUCAAAAAGAAGAGGAUGCAGGAUCAAUAAAUGAUUUGCCAUCUCUUAUUUAGAAAGACGAAAAUUAGAACAAAAAGCAAAAGACUAAUUAAAAUAAAUACUCACCAAAGGAAAUUAUAUUGUACAUUAAAAUUUACAAGGUAUCUCUCUUUCUCUCAUUAUAUAUAUUUAGAUGCCUAGCAAUAAUAAUGAUCACAUGCUCGAUUUCUAAUUACGCAGAGGCCAUCCUGUAGUUUUUAUGGACUACUGCAAUAAAGUUAUAGCAUUGCUUAACUAGCACUUUAAUUAAUUUUGA